GUCGUCGGGGAACCGACUUUAUGACGACUCUCUGCUUCUCUGACAUUUAUUGGGAAAGUCGUUCCAAAUACCUCACUUGUGUUGGUCCACGCUCGUCCGUCCUUCCGAGUGCCCGUGUGCAGCCAAUUUGCACGCACAGCGCCCUGGCCCUCCCCUCCCCGCCCCGCCCCGCCCCGCCCUGCCUCACAAUUGUUGUCAAUUAGCAGCGGUGGCUUUUGUUUUUUCCGUUCCCUCCCUGCCUCCCGCGGGUUUAAUUGAUGCCGAGGCCGCCGAGUCCCACGCGGCCCGGCGACGCUCUCGGGGGCGAUGGCGAAAAGGGGCGGCCCCUUUUGUCCAACCCUGCCCGGCCGCUUAACACGUCAAAGUCAUGCCGAGCGCGGCCGGGAACUGCAGCGCCUGUGGCGGCACGCGAGCCGCCUUUCUGGCGGCCAACUGCUUGAUCCUGGCCAGCACGGCGACGGCAGGGCUGGCGGCCAACGCCUGGGUGAUCCUGGCCGUGUGCAAGCGCAAGAGCCUGCGCACGUGGACCAACGCCCUGGUGCUCAACCUUGCGGCCGCCGACGUCCUGCGACGCGUCUGCGACUGUCCGGCGCUCCUGGCCGUCCUGCUGCUCCGGGACGCCGGCCGCGGGCUGUGCGAUGUCCAGGUGGCCUCCUUCUCCUUCGGCUGCUGCGCGCAGCUCUCCACGUUGGCCUGCAUCGGGGCCGAGCGGUACCGGGCCGUGGCGCGACCCUUCGAAGUGGGCGAGAGACGGCGGCAGAUCCGGGCGUCGGUGCCGCUGACGUGGCUGUCGGCCGCCCUGGUGGCCUGCUUGUGCCUGACCUACGCUAAGGACUCGCCCGUGCACGCCAGGUGCGACGGUUCGCCGCCGUCGUCCUACGACACCUUUGGGAUUUACGCCCUGUUCCCAAUGUGGGCGGCCUGCUUCGGCGUCAUCGUCUGCUUCUACGCCCGUAUCUUGGUCCUCGUCCGCGCGCACAAUCGCAGGAUAUUCGACAAGGGCGUCUUCCCCGUCUGCCAGAAUGACAAAGCGGGAGAGGCCGGACGCGAGGAGCCGCGCCGAGCUGAGGCCGAUCCGGCGCCGACAAGGUGCGUCAGGAAAGGAGAGCGGGUCGAGCGCCGACGAUCCCGGAGCUCCAUCCGGCCGGAAAGAGGGGGCCGCGGCGGAGCCGUUUCACGGAGACCAGGCGCCCGCCGAAAAGAGCCCGACCCAAGAGCCGGCGACGAGCCUUCACGUAGUGGCGGCCAACAUACAAGGCGCCGUCUGCAUGAUGCCGCCCACCGCCAGCAGGGAGAGAAACGUCAAGAGGAAGGAGAGCAAGAUGGCCAUACGGGCAGGUUACAUCAUCCUCACCUUCACAUCCUCUUCUGGACGCCGCUCGUCACCACCGUACUCAUCAACUGCAUGCGACACGGCAACAGGAACACACAGGAUGCCACCAAGCAGGAAGUGGAGAUCCUGUGCGUGUCCAUCGCCUGCAUGACAUCACUGAGCAACCCGAUAACCUACGCCGCGGUCAACCCUCACUUCCGCACCGAGUUCUAUCGGCUGAAAAGCAAGAUGACGUCCUGGUCUGUGGCGGCGGGCGCUGGAUUCUAA